AUGCAUAUUCAUUCAUCAAUAAAACCAUUUCAAUGUGAAGUUUGUUUAAAAUCUUAUACACAAUUUUCAAAUCUUUGUCGACAUAAACGAAUGCAUGUUGAUUGUCAAACAAAAGUUAAAUGUAAAUUUUGUGAACAAAAUUUUUCAAAUAGUACAACACUUAAUAAACAUCAACAUAUUUGUGGUGGUAUAAUGUCAUCUUCUCUACCAAUACAUCCACCAAAAUGCUUAAAUAAAGAACGGAUAAAUAAUUGGUUAUGGAAUUCCAGUUUACUAUUUCCUCUUUCUUCUUAUCUAUCACAUUUAACUUCUAUAGAUCCUUUUUUUAAUGGAAGAUUAUCUUCAUUUUUAUUUCCAUUAUUAUUAAAUUCAACUGAACAGAAAACAACAACAAAUACGAAUGAUGAUAGUAUUCCACUUGAUUUAAGUAUUAAAAAAACUUCAUCACUUCGAAAACGUUCUUCAUCAUCAUUAAGUUCAUCUUCAAUUUCAUUUGAGCUGUUAACAUAA